GACACGAGCAACGACGACGACGGCCACGAUUUUGCACAUCGUAAUCGUCUGUCGUUCUCUGCAUUUGCAGAACGAAGAAAAAAGUCUUCUUAAUUUUCCGAUGAAAUUUUUGCUAACUUUUCUUGUUAGAAAAUGAUUGAAAGAUGCCCGUAUGCGUAGCGCAAGUCGCGAACUUGAAAUUAAUCGUAGAAAUUUUGCGUUUCGUUACGUUUCAGUACGAUAAAAAGUAGUUGAAAAGUGGAAGUUUUCUGCUUGGAUUGAAGCAAGACCGUCAUCAGCCACAACGAGUGAGCCAUCACGGGAACACUCUGGAAGACAUUUCACAUGAAAACGAAGCUAGUGUUACGGGAGUGCUUGUUGAAAUUCGAGUUUUUACGUAUAAAAACCGGACAGUGCCGGAACCUCACGGAGGAAGAACACCUCGCAAGGCAGAUACAGUGACAGCAGUGCGGAAGAUUUCAACUUCCGGAAGGUUGAGAGCAAUUUUAUGUGCAAAUAUCAGUGUAGAAAAACAGUACCGACUGUGAGGACCCCAACAAUCGAAACGUCAACGGCUUCACGCAGUAUCAGCAAAUGUUCCGGUGGUUUCACAAAAAGCCUUGUUGCAUUUGUGGAUACGCAAUCGUGUGGCUAACAAUGAUUACAGACUGAAUACACAACGUAGGAGGAAAUCCAAAUACUAGUGAAAGUGAUAACAUAACACAUCUCCAUAUGCGUAGCAUAAUGAGCUAUUACUGAUAUCAAAUAUUCAGUAAAUUUAUUCACUCAUAACAGAUUAUGUCAAGUUCAUCGAAGUGUAAUCUGAUUACCAAAGUAGUUUAGUACAAAAAAAAAAUUUUCUCAAGAAAAAGGAAAACAUAUAAAGUAGAAUUAAAACGGAACAAAACAACAAAAAAUUCUUUGGAAACUCGAUCUAGUCGUUACAUUUGGUUUUGGAAUUGAAUUUGCCGCACGAUGGAUCGCGAUCGGGAGCGUGAACGGAGCCCGAAACGGUCGAAGCAUGCGAAAAAACGUUCGAAAAAGAGUAAAAAAUCCAAAAAACGGCGACGUGCUUCUAGCGAUGAGGAACCGUCUUCGUCGGAUGAUCGGCGGAGUAAGACUCACCGUAAAAGUGGCGAUAGUGCCGGCCGUAGUAGUGCUGGCAACGGAGGAGGCCAUGGAUCGUCCAAGGGAAUCGUCGAGUAUUCCGAUGUAAGUUCGGAAGAUUUCUCUGCACCGGAGGCAGGCGAGAUUGAAACCGAUGGCAGUGUCUCACCCUUCGCCGGCCCCGCUGGAAAUGAAUCUAGCAGUAAUAUCAGUAAAGUUAUCAAUAGUAAUGAGAAAAAUGCCGCGGCGACCGUUAGAUUGUACAGUAAAAAUUCCUCUCUAGCUCAACAAAAUAGAAUAGUGAGUGCAUCAUCCUCCUCGCUUCCCAAUCCGUCGUCGACUGCUGGUUUGGACAUGGCCACCGAAACCAGUAUUGCCGCGAGCAUACUAACGAACGCGGUUGCAGCAGCUAUAACCAAUAUUAUAUCGCGAGCUGGUACUCCGACCGGUUCCUUCACGGAGAGUGGGCGAAGGGUAAGCAUCACUGCCACGUCCCCAUUAAACCAAUCGUCGCAUUCGCGACCUUCCCGGUCGAAUCGUAAAAACUCUAUAUCAUCCGAUACUUCCCCUCUGACACAGGCUUCGACCAGGCACCAUCAUCUUCAUCAUUUGGAACCACCGGCUUCUCCAACAGAGGACCUACCGGAUCCGGAGCUAAUGGACGACGAGCUGGUUGACGAUGAAGAAGAAUACGAAAUCGUCGAAGAAGAAGAGGAGGAAGAGGAAACGGUUGGUCGGAAACGCAAGAAAAGCAAAAAAGAUAAGAAGCACAAAAAGAACAAAAAAUCGAAGAAGCGUAAGAAAAAACGGGUCAAGUCGAUUUCAAGCAUUGAAACCAUCUCCGAGAGUGAAGAUUCCUUACUAGAGUGCAUGGAAUCGCUGACGCCACCGCUCAAAGAAUCCCCCAUUUAUGAGAAAACCUACACACCAGCAAGGAACGAAGAAAGUUUAACGCCCCUUUCACCUGGAACCCCUCCCAUCCGGCCUUCUAGUCGCAUGGUCAACAGCCCUUAUGUAGAUCCCUCACGAGUUCGCAGUCCACAUUCGAGUCGAGCAGUCGCGGCCCGAAAGAUGUACCAGUCGAUUUCGUCCCCUCAUACCCCACCGGUGGCAAUGAAGAAGAGUUCGGGUUCAUACCAACAUCAGCAGCAACAGCAACCGCAGCAUUGCAGCCCCAUCGCCAUCAAUGACAGUCCAGCACAUCGCGGUGGAACACGGUAUCGAAGCAGCCCGUCGUCACACAGGCAUGCAUCUCAUCGUCGAAGUCCAAGUCCAAAUGGUCGGCACAAACCUUACUCUCCACCGCCUUCGAAGCGAAGGAGAGAAAGAACGCCUACGGAAAAGGAUUAUUAUCGGAAGGACAAACGUUACUCGUGGCGAGAUCCCGAGUGGACUCAACAUGACCGACGAGGUGAUCAAAGCCGGAGAAGUCCCAGUCCGCUUCCAAUGCAUCGUCGAAGGCGAUCACCGUCAAGAGCAAAGUCACGUGCUCGCAAGAGCUACUACAAUAGCCCGUCACCGAACCGUAGCCGAAGCCGGGCCCGUUCGAGGCACCACUCGCGAAGUCCACGACGCUCAUCGCCACAUAAUCGUCGUUAUUCCAGCGACAGCCGGUCACGGUCUCCUUCGGAUUUGUCAUCUGCGAAAAAAUUCGAUAUCAAGCAGAAAAUUACCGAUACCAGCUUUUUCGCGGAACUAAUCAAAGACAAACACAAGCGACUAAAGACACUGAAGGAAAUUCUGGAGAAACAGGAAGGUCAAGAAGGUGCCUCAAAUGUGACAGUAGUUAGUGAGAAUAGCAUGUCCAAUGAUUGCGUAAUAAUGGCAGCUGAGCCCAGUGCAGCGAAUGCGAACGGAAUGAAAGAUGUUAGUUUAACGGAUAUUCCAAUGCCAGACCAGUUGGACAGCAUGCCCCGAAUGCCCGAGUCAACAUCCAAAGACACCGUAGACACGUUCGGAGUAGUUGGCAGCACGUCUGACGAUGGUGCAAGUAAAGACUCACGAAUACCUGUGAUAUUGAAUAGUAUGAGCAGCGAAUGUGUCAAUCCAAGUGCCAGUCAGUCGACCGUAUCGGCAACGGCUGCAGUAGUAGAACCGAAACCAGCAGUACUCGUUAAACCAAAAAGUCUAACAAAUCUACCGAUGCCACCGGGUGUCAACGUGGCAGAACUGGAGGGUGCCCAGACACCCAGUCCCCCACGACAAAUCAGUCCGGUGGCGGGAGCACAGAUGAAGGUAAUGCCCAUUCCGACACUGACGACGACGGGAGCUAUUACUACGAUCAACCUCAACAGCAGCAACAAUAGUAGUCAUCAUCACCACCAUCCUCCACAUCAUCACCAUAAAAUUACCGGUAGCGGUAGCAGUAGCAAUAGCAACAAGCGAAGUAGUAAUGAACACAAAAGCUCUUCUUCGUCGAACACGCCAUCUAUUCCGACGUCGUCCUCCGGUAAAAAAGGUGUGCUAAACUUGCCAAUGCCACCCAUGGUUCCUGGAUCGGAAGAUUUAAGCGGCGAUGAUGACAUUGGAUCACCUCCAUCGCUGUCGGAUACACCAACGAAAAAAUCCAGUAAAUAUGGCAAGAGUAAGAAACCACGAGGAAGACCGCGGAUAUUGACCAGGCGGUACUCGAGGAACAUGUCCGGGCCAAUGUCGGCAUCGGGAGGAAAAGAUUGGGGCGAACGAUGCGUUGAUGUGUUCGAUAUGAUUGAACAGAUCGGUGAAGGAACCUAUGGACAGGUCUACAAAGCGAGAGAUCGCGAAACCAACGAAUUGGUAGCGCUUAAAAAGGUCCGUCUGGAGCACGAAAAAGAAGGAUUUCCUAUAACGGCCGUACGAGAAAUCAAAAUCCUUCGUCAGUUGAAUCACAAAAAUAUUGUCAACCUGCGUGAGAUUGUUACCGAUAAGCAGGACGCACUGGAGUUCCGCAAAGACAAGGGAUCGUUUUAUCUGGUUUUUGAGUACAUGGAUCACGAUCUGAUGGGACUGCUCGAAUCCGGUAUGGUAGAGUUCAACGAGCAGAAUAAUGCUAGUAUCAUGCGCCAACUGCUGGACGGACUUAACUAUUGUCACAAGAAAAACUUCCUGCACCGAGACAUCAAGUGUUCCAAUAUUCUAAUGAACAACAAGGGCGAAGUGAAGUUGGCAGAUUUCGGUUUGGCUCGACUGUACAAUGCCGAUAAUCGAGAGCGGCCGUACACCAACAAAGUGAUUACCCUGUGGUAUCGACCACCGGAGCUGCUGCUGGGUGAAGAACGCUACGGGACCGCUAUCGACGUGUGGAGUUGCGGCUGCAUUUUGGGGGAACUUUUUCUCAAAAAACCGCUCUUCCAAGCCAAUCAGGAACCUGCCCAACUGGAAAUGAUUUCCCGACUGUGCGGCACCCCGACGCCAGCCGUCUGGCCGAACGUCAUCAAGUUGCCACUUUUCCAUACGCUGAAAGCCAAAAAGCAGUACCGCCGAAAAAUUCGAGAGGAUUUCGUAUUUCUACCGGCGUCCUGUCUAGACCUGUUAGAUAAGAUGCUGGAGCUGGACCCGGACAAGCGAAUAACGGCCGAGGCGGCACUCAAUUCCGCUUGGCUGAAAAACGUCGUACCCGACCAGCUACCACCGCCCAAGUUACCGACCUGGCAGGACUGUCACGAGCUGUGGAGCAAGAAACGACGGAGACAACUUCGUGAACAACAGGAAUCAGCUGCCAACCUACCACCGGGCAAGCCUACCCUACUGAAGCCAUCCUGUGCACCGGGGACCGCCGUCCGAGUGGGUACCGUUCCGCCGGGUGUCGGUGGCACUGGUGCCGAAUUAGGCUAAGUAGGAUAGACAUUUGCAAUUAUUUUUGUGACCGGCAAAAUGUUCAUGUCCGUGGAUUAGCUAGCGUAGUACUCUCACCGCUGACAAUAAAGUGCCGCUGGCGGAAGAUGAUUAAGAAUAUGUUGAUGAGGAAGAUGAUGAAAAUCACUUCCGUUAUAUUGUCACACCCUCACCACCUUCUCCCCCAGCACAAAAGCUACCAGUUACUAAACUGUUUGGUUGAGAAUUAGAGUUCAAAACGAACAAGACAGAAAAUGGCGUUGCAAAUGAAAUCUGGGUGUUAGGUUCCGUAUCCUUGUCAUUUUUGUUUUUCUUUGAUGGAGGAAGAAACAAUAGACUUAAACAGUGGAAUCUGCAAUUUUCUAUUUUUAUGAAAAAGAGAAAGAAAAUGCGGAUAAUAGAAAAUAUAGUGUAUAGAAAAUAAAGUUAGUAGAAGUCCUGUACUAAAUGUAAGUAUAUUGAAAACUCUGAAGAGACAAAUGGAUAACACGUGGAAGAAAAAAAACGAAACAUGAGAUAGCGAGUAUAAAUUAAUUUUUCAAACAAUAAGGACUUAGGUGAACAACCUUAUCAACCUGUACAUUUGUUAAAGAUUGAUGGUUAGUAUUUAGAAACAAAUAAUUUUUCUUUUUGUUAUCAAGAAAUAAAUUUUAGAAGUCGAUCUGAGUCACCAGGACCCGAAACGUCAACAUUUUGCGUUCAGUUUUUUUUUGCUUCUUUUGGUUAAAUGUAAUGGUAAGGUCAGGUUGCAUGGUUUGCUCGACAAUAGUUCCAAAUGUAGGCAUGUGGAUUACCGUUGAAUUCACCACUCAAACACCAGUUGGCAAUAUAAACCUAGUGAGUACAAACAUUCGAACCUGGCCGUGACACAACACUUGUGUUUUGGGCUCUCCCUUAUUUUUUUUCUCGGUGCGUAGAGACUGAAAGUGUGAUGUGUCGUUUUGUACGAAAAAAGUAUAACGCAGGAUGUACAGUGUACACAAAAGAAACGAUAGAAACUAGGAUUUCGGUAGGUGCAUUCACAUUAAGCUAGCACGUGAAACGAGGCAAAACGGAAUAGUGUUGGCGCGAGCUAGCAGAUUACAGAAGAAAUUAAAAGUGAAUGAAAGCCAAUUUAUAAAUAAAAAUGAAAAUUUUUGACCAA